AUGUCAAUUCUGAUACGGAGAACAAGAAACUCCACUUUAAAUAAAAAUAAUAAUAAUGGUAAUAAUAAUAAUAAAAAGGACGAUGAAAAUCUUUCAACCAAUGAAAGUGGUGGAAUAAUUUUAUCAACAUUAAAUGAUUGUUAUAAAUAUAUAAAUAAUGGAUGUGAAUAUAAUGCAGAUGUAGAAGCACCAUGUUCAAACUUUAAGUUAACAAUUGAUAAUUUCUAUGAAACAUCAUUAUCAAUGAAUCAAUAUAUGAACAAAACUACAAACAAAACGUUUUUAUCUAAACUACCAAAGUUUUACACGGAUGAAUAUGAACAACUUAAUAAUACCCAAAAUGAAAAUGAAAGUGAAAAUGAAAGUGAAAUUGAAAACGAAAAUGAAAAUGAAAAUGAAAAUGAAAAUGAAAAUGAAAAUGAAAAUGAAAAUGAAAAUGAAAAUGGAAAUGGAAAUGGAAAUGGAAAUGGAAAUGAAAAUGAGAAUGGGAAUGAAAAUGAAAAUGGAAAUGAGAAUGGAAAUGAAAAUGAUAAUGGAAAUGAAAAUGAAAAUGAAACUCAACCAUCAUUAGUAAAUAAAAAGAGAAUUAGACAAUCAAACGAUUCACCACCAAUCAUUUCCACUUCAUUAGCAGAUAAUAAGAAAUUAAAAUUAUCAACACCAAAUGAUACAACAGCAAUUACAACAGCAAUAACAAAUAAUCAAUUUUCAAUAAAAAGAAGUGCAUCAUUAACAAAACCAACACCCACAACAGCCACUCUUAAAAAACCUUCAAAUAUUUCCAAAUCCUCAAUAAUUGAAAUACCAAUAGUGUCCUCAUCUUCAAACUCAACUUCAACCUCACCAAUUUUACCAUCAUCUACUUUAGAUGAACCAAUUAAUUCUAUAUUAUCAACACCUGUAUCAUUUAAUAAUAAUAAUAAUAAUAUCACAAUAAAUAAAUCAUUAAAUUCAAAUCCUUCUUUAUCAGUAUUAGAUAAUUUAACAAAUUCAAUAAUUCAACAGUCGUCAUCGACAACAACGAAUUCAGUAUCGUUGCAACCAACACAACUACAACCACCACAACCAACUUUUCUUCAACCAAAUUUAAAAAUAUUCUCACAAAUUAAUUCAGAGGUAGAGAUACAAAUGAAUCAAAAGUUUUCAAAGAAAUUAGAAGAUAUAAAGAAAUUACCAAGAUUUUAUAAAAAGGUUGAUUUAUUAGAUAUGUCUACCUUGAUUUCUCUUCAAACCGAUCCAGUUUUAACACAUAAAGAAACAGUUUUAGAGGUGGGUAAAUGUUUAUACUUUGAUAAAAUACCAAUAAAUUCCGAAAUAUCUUUAGCCAGAUCUUAUUAUAGUUUAGCAAAUACACUAUCAACAACAACAGUACCAACAACAAAUUAUUGGGUUAAAAAAUUAGUACCCUCAUUAUUAGAAGAUCCAAAUAUUCAACAUAUUGUAGAGAGAAAGAAUGUAGAUAUCGUAAUGUCAUCUUCAUCAUUCAUUAAAUUUAUAAAUAAUCAUUUAUCAAAUAAUUUUAAUGAAGAAUGGGAAAUACCAGUACAUUGUAAAGAGUUUAAUACAAUUUCAAAUGAUACUUUAGUAGACAAUAUAGAUAAUAGUAAUAGUAAUAAUGAUAAUAAUAAUAAUAAUAAUAAUAAUAAUAAUAAUAAUAAUAAUAAUAAUAAUAAUAAUAAUAAUAAUAAUAAUAAUAAUAAUAAUAAUAAUAAUAAUAAUAAUAGAAAAAAGAUUGUAUCAAUUAUUGGUAAACCAAUUUUAAAAGGUAAAAUUACAAAUAGAGAAAAGAAUGAAAAAUUCUUUAAUGUUGCAAUUGAAUCACUAGGUUUAACAAUUGGUCAACAAUCAACAAAUCAUCCAGUAAUUGAUUUCUCUUUAAAAAAGAAAUUAAAAGAACAACAACAGAAAGAGAAACAAGAGAAACAAGAACAAGAACAACAAACUAAACAAAAUCUAAUGAAAUUAGAUUAUAAUGAAGAGUUUAAUAAUGAAUUAAAGAAAUCAAAUUUAACAUAUAAUAUUUGGGAGUUUGGCGGAAUGAGAAUUUUAAUACGUUGUAAAAUUCAUGCACAAAUUUCAGAUCCAAAUUUAAAGUUUAGAUAUGUUGGUUUGAAAACAAAAGUUGAAUAUAGAGCAGAUAAAGGUAUUGAAGAAACAACGUUAUCAGAUUCUGCGAAAUGGUGGGCCUACACUUACAUUAGACCAGAUGCUCAUUUAUUAUUAUCUCGUGUAAACAUUUGGAAUAAUAGGUUAUUAGCUAUAGAGAAAAAAGAUAUGCCUUUAAUUUUAAAUACAAAAUCAAAUUUUAAACCAAUUAAAUCUUCAAAAAUUACUUUAGAAAUUUUAAAAAAAGUUUUAUCAUUUUCAAAUCAAAUUAAUAAUAAUAAUAAUAAUAAUAAUAAUAAUAAUAAUAAUAAUAAUAAUAAUAAUAAUAAUAAUAAUAGCAAUAAUAAUAAUUUAAUUUAUUCAAAUUAUAUUCUUUCACAUUCUCCUUCAAAUAAUUUUGUAUAUAUUUAUAAAUCAAUUGGUGAAGAGAAUGAUGAUACAGAGAGUGGUAGUGGAAAUAAUGGAAAUGAAAAUGAAAAAGAGUCAAUUUAUGAUUUACAUUCAAAACAUUCAAAUUUACCAACUAUAUUAUAUGAAACCGUAUCAUCACCUUUAAUUUUAAAACCUCAACCACCAUCACAACCACCACAACAACCUUCGUCUCAAUCUUUAAUACCUCAACACCAACCAAUAAUAACACCACAUUAUUGUUAUUCUUUUGCUGAUACUGGUAUAUGUAAAAAAGGUAUUCAAUGUGGUUUUGCUCAUUUAACAAAAACUCAAAUAAAAGAAACCGGUGGUAAUUUUAGUGUCAAAAAUAAUAAUAAUAAUAAUAAUAAUAAUAAUAAUAAUAAUAAUAAUAAUAAUAAUAAUAAUAAUAAUAAUAAUAAUAAUAAUAAUAAUAAUAAUAAAAAGAAUAAGAAAAAGAAAAAGAAAAAUGGAAAUAAAAAUAAUAACACCAAUAAUAAUUCAUCACCAAAUUUACCAACUAAUAAUAAUAGUAAUGGUGUCGCAAAUUAUGGACAAAGUGAAAACGCAACCGAUUUAUCAUAUAUUAACUCAAUAUUGUAA